UAAUAAUCAAGAGAAGAAGUUAAGAAAAUAACUCACAACUUUAAUAAUCAACAAGCUUCAAGAGCAAAACCAAGAAUGGAAGUUUAGCUCCUCAUUUGGAGACUAAACAUAGCUAGAAAAAUAUAAAGAAAUGAUAUUCUAAACUGAGCUAAAGAGUAUGGAAGAAAGGAUCCUUUUUAGAGGAGAAAAAGAGUGCUAUUUAUAGGUGUUUUUCAACACCUUUGACCGGGUACCCGACCGGAUCAAGUACUCACCCGACCGGGUCCGGUCAAAAUCAGAUAUUUCCCCACGUUCUAGCGAUCUUCGGCAUGUUAAAGUGUUCGGGUCAAGUCGGACCCGACCGGGUGGGGUAGGGGACCCGACCGGGUGAGUGCAAAAAUUGGAUAUUCUUCACGUUCGGGUGAUCUUUGCACAUCGGGUUGUCCCCAGUCACUUCUCACCCGACCGGGUGAGGUAGUGGGCCCGACCGGGCCAUGCACUUUCUUUGCAUUUUCGUUUUUCACUUCUUACCCGACCGGGUCAAGUGUUAUACCCGGUCGGGUAUUUGCUCCUGGGCAGCCAAAUCUUCUGUUUCUUCACUUCAAAGUCUUCCUUUCCAACACCACAAAUCAUAACUAAACUUUACAACUUACAAAUAAAGACUAAAAUACAAUUACAACUGAAAUCACAUAAAUGUUUACAAACUAAAUAAAACGUCAAACAAUUAACAUAAAUCAAACAUAAAAACAUGUAAUUAUGCACUACUAAUUAGUGUGCAUCAACUAAUUAGGUUAAAAAUACAUACUGAGUAUUAUGUUUGAGACUAAAGUAAAUAAAUUAGCUAAAAAAAUGAAGUAUAACAUAUUUUAAAAUAAAUGAAAUACUAAAAAUUAUAUUGGAACUGUGUUGCGGUCCAAUGCGCCUGCGUUGCGGUUACGUUGCGGACUAUGGAUUGGUAUCAUUUCUCAGCACAAUUGCAGACCAUGGCGGACUGACGGUUGCGGUGCAUCCCGCAACAACAAUAUUGCGGCCACAAUUGCAGUUGGGAACUGCAAUUUAUAAUCAUGAUACAUACAACAAGCGAGACAGACUGACAAAGGUAGUAUAAAACAAAUUCAAGAGGCACAUAAAAUGAACAAAAGGGCAGAGGGAGUAGUAGUACUAUUGGGAAUAAAAAGGAUUGAGCUGAGAGAAAAACACUUCUACUAAAUUUAAAAUAGAAAAAAGAUAUACUCGGUAUACAAGUUGUAACUAAAAAUUCUCAAAAAUAUUUCACAUAUCUCUCAAGGAUAUUCACAACUUUCUUGAUUUGUUAUGAUGAUCUAUGAUCUGACAUACUUGGAUGAUACAAAAGCUUUACAAGCUUCUCUAUCUAUAGGAAAGCUUCUCUAUCUAUAGGAUCAAAACUAGAUAGUAGGAAGGUGGGGAAACUUGCCUUGUUAUUCUUGGAUAUGAAGAAAGCUUCAUAUUCUUGGAUAUGGAGAAGCUUCAUGCAGGAAGCUUCAUGAUAGUGUAAGGAAUUGAAUUCUUUAUGUACGUGGUAGUAUGUUUUUGUUGUAUGGAUGUGGAAUAUAUAUGCAUUGAGUUGAUAAUAACUUAUUUCUAAACUACUCAUCAGUCAUCACAAUCUUUAAGAAAAACGUUGUUAAAAAGAUCUGAGAAGAAAAACUUGAAAAAUGUUUUCUCUAUCUGAUGUUCCCUCAACAACUGCAAUUUUAUCAGCAUACACUGCUUUCACUGCUACAGCUUACCUGAUCAGGACAAUUCUGACUGAGUUAAAAGCAUUGGCCAACCAGCUCUUGCCUGUAGACCUCUUGGAAAAGCUAUCUUCAAAAUUCGGAGUCCUAAUCUGCAACUUCUCCUCCCAAUCAACUCUCGUCAUUGAUGAACAGAACGGCUAUACCCCAAACGAAAUCUUCGAAGCCUCUGAAAUUUAUCUCAGAACGAAGCUGAAGCCCGCGGCAGGAUGGCUCAAAAUCUUCAAGGCGCCCACUGAUAAAAGCAUCUCGUUCAUCAUUAGCAGAGAUGAGAAGAUUAGCGACUCGUUUGGUGGCGUGGAAUUAGUCUGGGAAUUGAGAGUCACUUCCAGUUCUUCCUCAGAGAGUAGUACGGAACGAAGAUCAUUUGAACUCUCCUUCAACAAGAAAUUCAGUGAAAUUGUUAUCAGCAAAUAUAUACCGUUCGUUCUGGAAAGAUCGAAGGCCAUAGAAGAAGAAAACAAAUGCGUAAAGCUGAAGGCGAUAGGCAUUUACAAUGAUGAGAUCAAUAUGGAGCAUCCGUCCACUUUUGAGACCCUAGCGAUGGAUCCUGAACUGAAGAAGGAAAUUAUCGAAGAUUUGGAUAGAUUUGUUAGCCGGAAAGAUUACUACAGGAGAGUUGGGAAGGCGUGGAAGAGAGGGUACUUAUUGUACGGACCUCCGGGAACAGGGAAGUCGAGCCUGAUAGCAGCCAUGGCCAAUUAUCUGAAAUUCAACAUCUAUGAACUGGAUCUCUCUAGGUUACAGAACAACUCAGAUCUCCAACAGCUGCUUCCCACUACUAAAAACAGAUCCAUCCUUGUGGUUGAGGAUAUUGAUUGCAGCAUUGAUUUGCAGAACCGAAAUAAUGGAGAUUACAGCAAGCAGAAUUAUAAUCAGG